AUGGCGCAAAACGGCAACGUCGAGAACGGGUCGUCCGCCCAGACUCACACCCAGUCGCAGCGGUACCUGAGCACCCGCGGCGAAGACUACGGCUUGUCCUUCGAGGAGGUCGUCCUCAAGGGCCUCGCCACCGACGGCGGCCUGUACAUCCCCGAAGCGAUCCCCGACGCCUCUUCCUCCUGGCAGAGCUGGAAGGACCUCAGCUACCCCGAGCUCGCCCUUGAGAUCCUCUCACUCUACAUCUCCCCCUCCGAGAUCCCCCGCGCCGACCUCAAGGACGUAGUCGACCGGAGUUACUCUACUUUCCGGAGUAAGGACACAACGCCCCUCGUCCAUCUCCAGGACAAGCAGUACCUGCUGGAGCUCUUCCACGGGCCGACCUUUGCCUUCAAGGAUGUAGCCCUGCAGUUCCUCGGCAACCUGUUCGAGUACUUUUUGGUCAGGAAAAACAAGGGCAAGACGGGAAAAGACCGACAUCACCUGACCGUCGUCGGCGCCACCAGCGGCGACACCGGCUCUGCGGCCAUCUACGGUCUAAGAGGCAAGCAAGAUGUCUCCGUCUUCAUCAUGUUCCCCAAGGGCCGUGUCAGCCCCAUCCAGGAGCUUCAGAUGACGACGGUGCCUGACAAGAACGUCCACAACCUUGCCAUCUCGGGUACAUUCGACGACUGCCAGGAUAUCCUCAAAUCCAUCCUGGCCGAUGGCGAUGCCAACAAGUCGUUGAACCUCGGUGCCGUCAACUCGAUCAACUGGGCGCGCAUCCUCGCCCAGAUCGUCUACUACUUCCACUCCUACUUUUCCCUGGUCAAGUCGCAGUCCGAUUUCAAGCUCGGCGACAAGGUCCGCUUCGUCGUGCCUUCAGGAAACUUUGGCGACAUCCUGGCGGGCUACUUCGCGAUGCGCAUGGGCCUUCCUGUCGACAAGCUUGUCAUCGCCACCAACGAGAACGACAUCCUGGAUCGGUUCUGGAAGUCGGGCAAGUACGAGAAGAAGAAGGCCCAAGGGCCCGAGGCCAGCGGUGGCCUGGUUGUCGACGGCGUCUUGGCACACGAAGACGGCGUCAAGGAGACGCUCAGCCCAGCCAUGGACAUUCUCGUGUCGAGCAACUUCGAGCGCCUACUGUGGUUCCUCGCAUACGAAUUCGCGGCGUCGGCGGGUAUGGACGACUUGUGGAACAAGAAGCAGGCCGGCCAAGAGGUCAGCAAGUGGCUCAAGGAGCUCAAGACCACGGGUUCCUUUGGCCCCGUGUACCAGGACGUCCUCAAGUACGCCAAGCGCGACUUCGAGAGCGAGCGCGUGGACGACACACAGACCAUCGAGACCAUCCAGAACCUCUACCGCGAGGUGAGCUACGUGCUCGACCCCCACACUGCCGUGGGCGUCGCCGCGACUCUGCGGUCCGUGGACCGCGCCGGCCCCGGCGUCCACCACAUCUCGCUGUCUACCGCCCAUCCGGCGAAGUUCUCGGGUGCCGUGGACAUGGCUCUGCGGGAAGAGGAGGGCUUUGACUUUGAGAAGCAGGUGCUCCCUACUGAGUUCAUCGGCCUGGACAAGAAGAAGAAGCGCGUCAGCGACGUGGAGAACGACUGGCAAAAGGUUCGCGACCUGGUCAAGGCACAGGUCGAGCAGGAGCUGUCGGAGGCAUAG